CUCUUCCCUCCUCGACCUGUUUUUUUGGACGGAUGCGUCGCGCACAUGCUGUCGGUUGUUUGACCUGCUGACCCAUUCUUCGCUCAUUCGUGUCACACAUCUCUCAUCAGAGGAUACAUCUAUCUCUCACUGCACGAUCUCAGGUGCUGUCGGUCCUCUCUCUGUCUGUACAGCUUAGUCAGACUGGGUCUUCGUUGAACAAUGUCUUCUAUCAAGGCAGCUCUCAACAAGAUCACUCCCGGGUCGAUCGAGAUCCCCCCUAGAACCAAUGGUCAUUCCGCCUCGUCUAAUGGAGUAGGAAGACGUACUCCCAAAACACCCCAGGAUGAAGCUCUUGCAUUCUUUGGGAGUGAACAAGGUCAUCAAGGAGAACCCAUCCAAGUCUGGGAGCUCUCGCUCGACGACGAUGGAGGUCCGGGUGAAAACAAAUCGUACAUCCGUCUACCGCCUCCUAUCCGGCCCUAUGUCCUCAGACUCUCUCUGCAGCCCGGUACGCCGUGCACACGCAAUGGGGUAUUGAAGAGUGACUUCCCCAUGGACGGAGGUGUCUUUAAGAGAGGUGAUUGGAAAGAGCGAAAGUUGCCCAACGACGUCAGCAAACCGAUCCAAGUAGACUUGCCCAUCUCUGCGCCUGGUGCUUUCUGCUACUUCAUCGAGUAUGAUGGUCCCAAGCCAGAUUCCCCCAGGGUCUCUGGACGAAAAGGAUAUUUCAAUAUCGAUCCCAUCAUCACGCUCCCUGCUCGGGCUCCGUUCUUCCCCAAGGGUACCAUCCCUCCCGAUCCACUGAAAGACGAAUCGUCAGGGACAAUCCUCGACAAACCCGCCAAGCUCACUCUUGAUGGUCUGACUAUCUUGUCCGUCCUCGCCAAGUGGAUGGGCAAGACAUCCGAAUGGGAUAAAAUCUUCUCAGAGUCCAGUCGAAGAGGAUAUAACAUGCUUCACUGGGCGCCUCUUCAGCACCGUGGCAGCUCAGGCAGUCCAUACUCCAUCUUUGAUCAACGCAAGUUUGACCCUGUCUUUUUGGAAGAUCCCAAAGCCGCGGACGGGGGCAUGAAGGAAGUUGAAGCUGUCAUGCAGAGGGCCAAGGAGAUAUACGGGCUCGGUGGAGUCACCGAUGUCGUGCUGAACCACACUGCAUGUGAUUCGACAUGGCUGAAUGACCACCCCGAAGCUGGAUACUCACCUCACAACACGCCUCAUCUCGCCCCGGCCGUCGAAUUGGAGAAUGCUUUGCUCGAUCUUACCGCCAGGCUCCCGACUUUGGGAUUGCCAACCACCUUGAACACUUCUAGUGAUCUUGACAAACUCGUGCCACACAUCAAAUCUGCCAUCGAUGAAGCGAAACUCUGGCAAUACUACGUUUUUGACGUACAGGCCUCUGUCAAAGAGAUCGCCUCCAGUCUCGACUCCAAAUCUGCCAAAUCGUGGUCAGGCGAUGCCGUACAAGGCAAAUCUUUGGACGAACUGGCCAGGACUGUCAAGUCUACCAGAGGCAUGAUCGAGAAUUUCCGAGCAUACUCCGCUAGAUUCUGUACCAAGGUCGACCCGGCCGUUGCCGCUGGAUUCAUUCAGGCCGCUUACCCAGGCGAAUCAUCGACCGACCUCGCUAGCAAGUGGGGCAAGGUACUCGAUAUACUCAACGUCGAUCUGUACGCUGAAUGCAAUGACGAUGUCAAGUCUGCUGUGGAUGGAAUCGUAGGCCGACUCAAGUUCACGAGAUUGGACGGGCACGGACCAAAGCUGGGCGAGAUUAAUGCAAAGCUCCCUCUUGUCGAGAACUACUUCACACGACUACCUCAGGACGAGCGAACCGCCAAGCACCCGAAAGCAGCCCUCUCCUUGGCAAACAACGGAUGGAUGUGGGCUGCCGAUCCACUGAAGAACUUUGCCGAGUAUCCCUCUAAAGCAUACAUGCGAAGAGAAGUCAUCGUAUGGGGCGACUGUGUCAAGCUGCGAUACGGAUCUGGACCAGAAGACAAUCCCUGGCUGUGGGAACACAUGACGUCUUAUGCGGAGGACCUCGCAUCCAUCUUUGAUGGAUUCCGACUUGACAACUGCCACUCAACUCCUCUGCACGUCGGAGCCGCCAUCAUCGAUGCUGGACGAAGAAUCAACCCAAAUCUGUAUAUCAUGGCCGAGCUUUUCACCGGUAGCAAAGAGAUGGAUCUCAAGUUCGUCCGAGAGCUGGGAAUCAACUCGUUGGUGCGAGAGGCAUACAACGGUGACAAUGUCAAGAAUUUCGCGGAUCUUCUCUACAACUUUGGAGUUGGCAAACCCAUCGGGUCGAUGGACGCGGUAUGCUUGUCAUCGACUGAAGAGUUGCCUCCUCUCGUUGGCAAAGGUGUGCCUCGACCGUGCACUAUCACGCCACUUUCAGGCUCGGCACCUCAUGCCGUCUUCUAUGAUGUCACACACGACAAUGAGACGCCAAAUGCUAAACGUACGGCUGAAGACGCUCUCUCCACUGGGGCCUUGGUUACUUUCACCAAAGCUGCGAUUGGCUCCAACAAGGGUUUCGAUGACCUGUAUCCCAAAUACCUGGACCUAGUACAGGAUAAUAGGCCAUACGAGAUCCACCCCGAUGGAGAUACUGGUAUCGGCAAGAUUAAGCGAGUCUUAAAUCACUUGCAUACUGAGAUGCUAGAGGGAGGAUUCACCGAAGGUCAUGUCCACGAAGAGGGAGAAUACAUCAUCAUUCACCGUGUUCACCCAUACGACCACAAGGGUUACAUGCUGGUCGCACACACUGCCUUCAGAGGCUUCUCAGGUCGUGGAUGGGUCAAGCCUGUAAAGUUGUCUCGUACCAAGAUCAACUAUAUUCUCGGAGCAACCAUCAAGAUCGAUAAAUCCGGAUGGGACAAGGACGCCUCGAUCCAUCGCGGUUUCCCCAGCAAGCUCGAAGAGAUCCCUACGCCAGUCAUCCGCGAAGGUCACGACGGUGAUGGUCAAUACACCGAAGUCAUCGUUCCCGACUCCUUUGAACCUGGUUCUAUCAUGCUCUUCAAGACAGACAUGACGCAACUCGCUACGGACUUUGACUGGAGAUGCACAUCGUGUGCUCCGCAAGUCAUGCAGCAUUUGAAUCUUAUCGAACUCAACGCCUUGCUUUUCCGAGCUGAUGGUGAAGAGAAGGAUGCCACCGGCGGAGAUGGAACGUACACCAUCCCCAGCUAUGGAUCGUUGGUCUACUGUGGUCUCGAGGGCUGGAUGCAGCCUCUCCGCGAGAUGGUCGCGAGCAAUGAUCUCGGCCAUCCUCUUGCUCAGCAUCUCCGCGAGGGAACCUGGGCCAUGGACUACAUCAUCGACAGAUUGGAGAAACAGAAGGGCGAUCUUCCAGGUCUCUGGGCCCCUGCGGCGUGGAUGAAAGCUCGGGUCGACAUUAUCAAGGAGACCGUCCCUUCAUACAUGCGCCCAAAGUAUUUUGCGAUGUACAUGUUUACCAUGUACAAGGGGGCUCGGAAGGCGGUCAUGGAGCAAAGCUCAGACUUCGUCUCGUCUGGACACACCUUCAUCCAAAACUUGGCGUUGUGCUCGGUUCAGAUGCUUGGUCUCGUCAAGAGUGCAAGUUUGUCGCCUGCGAAACCGGUUCCGAGUCUCGCUGCUGGUCUACCACACUUCACAGCCGGAUGGGCCAGAUGUUGGGGUCGAGAUGUGUUCAUCUCCCUCCGAGGUCUGCUAUUGACGACCGGCAACUUCCCCGCUGCACGAGAUCACAUCCUCGCAUUCGGUUCCACUUUGAAGCACGGUCUGAUUCCCAACCUGCUUGACUCUACUCGUACUCCGCGGUACAACUGUCGAGAUGGACCAUGGUGGUUCAUUCAAAACAUUCAAGACUACACCGUCAUGUGCCCCAAUGGUCUUGCAAUUCUUGAUGAAAAGGUUAAACGACGAUUCCCGGCAGACGACACUUGGGUCCCUUGGGAUCAUCCUCGCGCCUUUGACUAUGAGAGCUCUGUUGCCGAAUUGAUCCAGGAGAUUGUUCAGCGACACGCGGAAGGUAUCGAAUUCCGAGAGUACAAUGCUGGACCCAACCUCGACAUGGACAUGCGGGAUGAAGGUUUCAAUCAGAAGAUCUGGGUCGAUUGGGAAACUGGUAUUAUAUUUGGCGGGAAUCGAUACAACUGCGGUACUUGGAUGGACAAGAUGGGAUCUUCGGACAAAGCUGGAAACAAAGGUUUACCCGCUACACCGCGAGACGGAGCUCCUGUCGAGAUCACCGGGUUGCUCAAGAGCACCUUGACUUGGCUUGACAAGUUAUCAAGCAAGGGCAAGUUCCCGUUCAAGGGUGUCCAGGCGACUGUCAAGGGCGAGAAACGCCAAGUCACCUACAAGGAAUGGGCAGAUCUGCUCCAGAAGAACUUUGAGAGGUGCUACUACGUGCCUUCGGACCCUUCUGAAGACUCCAAGUUUGACAUCAACCCGGGUAUGGUCAACCGCCGUGGUAUCUACAAGGAUGUCUACGGCACGCCAAAAGAUCGAGAGUGGUCUGAUUAUCAAUUCCGAGCCAACUUCCCUCUCGCAAUGAUCGUCGCGCCAGAGCUAUUCCACCCCGAACGAGCCAUGGGAGCACUUAGACUCGCGGAUGCUGUCCUGCGUGGACCUCUGGGAAUGAAGACUCUGGACCCCGGUGAUUCGCAAUACCGACCGAACUAUGAUAAUUCCAACGACUCGACGGAUCAAGCAGUCGCCAAGGGCUGGAACUACCACCAAGGACCCGAAUGGGGCUUCCCGUUAGGUUGGUUCCUCAUGGCCUGGCUCAAAUUUGAUCGAAUCGCUGGUGCUGGCAAGAAGGACCCAUCCGUUACCAUGCACUAUAUUUCCAACAUUAUGCUCAAACUCGCUGAGCACAUCGAAAAGGAUCCUUGGCGUGGUCUGCCCGAAUUGACCAACGAGAAUGGCUCGUACUGCUACGAUGCUUGUGACACGCAAGCCUGGAGCGCAAGUACCAUCCUCGACGUUCUCGAGGAGAUGCACAAAAUCAACCAGUCAGGGAAGGCGUAAAGAUUCUUAAAAACAAUUAGAUCAUGAUUAGAUUUCCUUUUGCUCUGAAGGGUAACGGUGGAUCUUAGGCUGGGUGGAACUUUUGGAGAUUGUGGACCAAAGCCUUUUCUAUUGAGAAAGUCGCCCAUGCAUAGCAUCCUACA